ACCUGAAGCAAUCAAAAUUACACCUUUCGACCGGGGACGUCGAUGAAGAAAAUAUUGCUUUAGAACAUUCGAAAGUUCGUAUAAACCGUAAAAAAGAGUCGGUAGGAACCGUACAAGACAGUGUGAAAACGCAUGGGAAAGAAGAAGCGACCAAAGUGUUUUUAGACCUAU